UCGCUCCAGGUGAGGCUUCCCAUUAGCGAUAAAACCGGAGAUAUACUGAGGUAUUUCAUGUCUUAAUAAGCGUUGCUUCAUUUCCUACUCAAGUUUUUGCAAGGGACAAAUUGUCGAUGCUCUGACGAUCAGCUUUUGUGAUGCGACUGAACUUUGCACCAUAGAUAAAAGAACUUAAAACAAAGGGUUCUGUCGGAAACGCAAGGAUUCCAAAACCGAAGUGUUUUCUAGAAACAUUUCCUGAUACCGAAGAGGGUAUUCUCGGAAACGAACAGGGUUCCAAAACCGAAGUGUUUUCGAGAAAACUUUUCACGUACCAAAGAGGGUAUUCUCGCAUACUGAAAAGGAUAUAUUCGGAUACCCAGCAAGUUUCUAAAGAAAGUUUAGGUUUCAAAAGGGUUUCGGAUAAUACUCUUUCGGUUUCGGAGGAUACCUUUUCCGUUUUCGAACAUUUUCGCCAAAUAUCUGUUAGGUUUCCGACAGUUCGAAUACCCUGUACCGUAUUCUCAAAUAUCCUUUCGGUUUCCAAAGUCACCUGCAAAACCUCCAAGGGUUUCGUAUUACAGUUCCAAAACCAAAAAGAGUUUUCGAAAGAGUUUCCGAACCACAUCCAUCCCGAGAAAACGCUUUUUUUUAGAGUGUAUGCAUGUAUAAUAUUAUUUUAAGACUAUUUUAAACGUUGUUACUGCUGCAAUUGAUGUUCAGAUGUUAAGUAUUUUGUGGAUUGAUAAAACAUUAGAUUAGUAUCAAAAAAUCAGAAAUUCGUAUGGAUUAUAAGGCCAACAGACACUUACAGUACACAGACAUCUACAGAUAGCCACUGACAGCUACACAGACAGCAUAGAGACACCCACAGACAACCAAAAAUAACUACACAGACAUCCACUUCUAUGGACAUGGGAGCGACUCAGAAGUGGAUGUCUGUGUAGUUAUUUUUGGUUGUCUGUAAGUGUCUGUGGGCGUCUUCAUGUCUUACUAUUACCCUACUAUCCCUAGUCCACUUUCCCUAGAAGAAUCCCUGAGGAGUCCCAAAGAACUCAAUCGAAAAACUGAAAAUCCUUAAGGAGUCCCUGGACUCCUCGGGGAUUUUUCUAGGGAAAGUGGACUAGGGACUCCUUGACAUCAUCUUUUAUUAUAAUUAUAAUAAUAAUAUUUAUAAUAACGCGCUAUGUGAGUAUGUGUGAACCAUAUUUUUAUAGAGGGUACCACACUCAUACACUCCCCAAUCUAGUAUUCAGUCACGGUCAUCUUUACGUAGCUUUUCGAGAGUGCGAUCGAUCGAUAACAUCCAAGCACUCAUAGAAAAUGAAGUAUACAAUAAAACUGAAAGUACAAUUUUCAAAGAAGCUCUGUAGUCUCCGUUCCUAAUUAUAUUCUUCUAUAUAUAAACGUAUAUAUUGUAUUCGUAAUUCUGUAAAAUAACAUAGGUAUUUCGUAACAGACAAUUCUUUUCAACCAGCAAGUAGACAUCAGUUAAACCCUGUAAUUGUUCCAUUAUGUAUUAGGAGUAAAAUUUAUGGAGCGAUAUUACAAUCGUCUGGAACGUGUGGCCCUCUCAGAUCUUUGGAAUGUUAAACAGUAAUCUGCUUAGUUUAGCCGUUCUCACUCUCGAUGUUCCUCUUGGGAUGGAUGUGUACACACUCGCAGUUAAAUCUACAAUUGAAUACUUUUUCGAUAUUACAUGUUCGACAAUUGAAAUUAUUUUCGUUAUUCUGCAUCUUGCUCUCUACUUUACUUUACUUUACUUUAACUUAAAUUUAUACUCGUUUCUUUUUCUUUCUUUGACCUUCUUCGGAGGUUUAUUUACAUUACAUAUGCUAUAUAUUGUUCUUAUUAUUUUUUCUCUCUCUUUUUGUGCAUUUCUUUCUGCUUCUUUGCCUGUCUCAUGUAUAUAUUUGUUGUAUGAAACAUUUUUUUGCAUCAUGAACGCAUAGAAACAUGUCUGAACAAUAUGGUACUAUACAUACACCAUCCUCAGAUGUAGAAUCAGAUACUGGAAAUAGUUUAGCUGAAAAUGACUCAGUACCCAAUUUACCUUCUUCGAUAACAAAUGAUAUUGUAUCAGACGAUGUUGAUGAUUAUCAAUUACGUAGAAUAGCUUCUGUUCCACAUAUAGCACAACUAUUGAAUGAACAACAUGCAAAAAUGAGAAUAUUUUGGAUAUUAUUUGGUUUGGCUAUUUUCUCUCCACCGUUAUGUAUUUACUAUGCUCGUGGUAAUAAAUGUUCAUUUGAAUUGAUUAUUAGUGUUUUAUUAACAAUUUUAUGUUGGUUUCCAGGUGUUAUAUUUGCCUUAUUCAUUUUGGUCAAUGAAGAAAAAAUAGACGAUGAGAAAAAAAAUAAAUGGUAA